AUGGAUAUCCAAGCCAAUAAUGCUUUGACUAAGAUCUGCAUCAAAGCUGCACUUAUCUGGAUAUUAUCCAUGACUUUGGCCAUUCCAGAAGCUGUUUUCUCAGAUUUGCACCCAUUUUAUGACAAAGAAACCAACCAAACGUUUGUCAGCUGUGCCCCCUACCCACAUUCCAAUGGACUGCAUCCAAGAAUUCAUUCGAUGACUUCCUUUUUAAUCUUCUAUAUCAUUCCUCUGUCCAUUAUUUCAGUAUAUUACUAUUUUAUCGCUCGAAAUCUGAUUCGGAGUGCAUACAACAUGCCAGUGGAAGGAAAUGUGCACGUUAGAAGACAGAUUGAAUCCCGAAAGCGACUUGCUAAAACAGUCUUGGUGUUUGUUGGACUAUUUGCAUUCUGCUGGCUGCCAAUACAUGUCAUCUAUAUAUACCGCUCCUACCAUUAUUCAGAAGUGGACACUUCCGUCCUACACUACAUCACCAGCAUCUGUGCUCGGGUGUUAGCUUUUACUAAUUCCUGUGUAAAUCCAUUUGCCCUGUACUUGCUCAGCAAAAGUUUCAGGAAACAGUUCAACAACCAAUUGUUCUGCUGCAGGCCCCGGCUCAUUGUCAGAUCGCAAAGCAUGGGAAGGAGCACCACCAGAAUGACCUCUUUGAAGAGUACCAACCACUCGAUUGCCAGCUUCAGUCUGAUUAAUGGCAAACAUAUCUGUCACGAAGGCUGUGUAUAA